AUCCUUUCACAUUUCUAGGGUUUCUAAUCCUCACAGCACCGGUCACAAUAACCAAUCUCUCUCUCUCUCUCUCUCUCUCUCAGAGACACACACACACAUCUCAGCUCUCUGACUGCGUUCUCGGCUCUCUGAUUCUCCAACAAACCCUAUUACCAGGUUUUGUCUCUGUUUCAAGGCUUACCUGGAUGUACAUCCUUAGGAACCUUGUUUGAACUGUUUUAGACAGGGAAACUAUUUGAAGAUUUGUAGCGCUUAUAUUUUAAGUUAUUCAUUGCUAGUCUAGCAUGUCCAACAGGUUUGUAUCACAACACUUGCCAAUACCAAGCAUGCAAAUGGGUCAAUUGGAACCCACCCUGGGCAAAGUGGACCCAUCAGUACAAGACAUGCAAAUCGGACUGAUGGGAUCUGUAUCAAAUGGUCCUGCAUCUCAUCAGCAUUUUAUAUUAAACACACAGGUGGGGCUAGUGGAUCCCUUGUCUAGUAAUCCUGCGUUGCAGAGGGUAUCAAUGUCAAGCACACAGACGGUAGAUAUUGAAACAAAGUCCAAUAGUCUGGGACCUGUUGAAACCAUGCUGAACAAUGCAGCAUACCAGCACUUGUCUGCACCAAGUAAGCGAAAGGCACCACUGGAGCAUCUUUACAAUAAUAGUGCUGCACAGCAGUUAUCAACCCCUAACAAGCGGUUAGCACAAACGGAACAUAGACCUUGGUUGCAGCAAAUAUCUGGACCAAUAAAAAGAUCUGUACAGAUGCAAUCCAUGCCCACCACGCCCACCACUCCUGGAUCACAGCAUUUGCCAACGCCAAAUAAGAAAGUGGUAUCUGGUAAAUCUGGUUCACAGAGGUCUUCAGUGCCAAAAAAUCAAACUGCAGCGCUGCAACCAUCUCCCAAGGCUCAAACUGAGUCUUUCGAGUCUGUGAGGUCCAAGAUGAGGGAAUCAUUGGCUGCUGCACUGGAACUGGUUUCUGAGCAGAAAGGCAAAUCCUCGAGUCCAGGAAAGAACUCUCAGAGUGACUCCACAAGUGCUUCCGGGCUGAGGCGGGAGAAUUCUCAACCUGCUGAAUCAGUUUUUGGUGCUACUGAUGCACUUGAACUUGCAUCUGAAGAGCCUAAAGUGAUGCCGCUCUCCCAUGAAGAUUGGUCUGCACACAAAAACAAUAAUGGCAAAAGUGAAUCUGAAAUACAGACCAUGAAAGCUGAUGGGAAAGAGACCAAAUCAAGAUAUGUUUUUUCUGGUCAAGAUGUUUCUUUUAGUGAUGAAUUCUUUGUCAAAGAUGAACUUUUGCAGGGGAAUGGACUUUCCUGGGUAUUGGAUUCCGAUAUGGAAGUGGCAGAAAAGAGGGAGAUUCAUACUGCUGAAGAGCAAAAUUUGGAGAAUGAUGAACUGGGUAGGGAUAAAAAAGAAGAAGCUUAUCUAACUCCACAGAUACUGGCAUUUAAAAUUGAAGAAGAACUCUUCAAAUUAUUUGGCGGUGUGAAUAAGAAGUACAAAGAAAAGGGGAGGUCUCUUCUGUUCAACUUGAAAGAUCGUAAUAAUCCUGAAUUGAGCGAAAGAGUCUUGUCUGGAGAAAUUACCCCAGAACGGCUUUGUUCGAUGACUGCAGAGGAACUUGCUUCUAAGGAGCUUUCCCAAUGGCGGAUGGCAAAGGCAGAGGAGCUUGCGCAGAUGGUAGUCUUGCCUGAUGCAGAUGUUGAUAUUAGACGUUUGGUGAGGAAAACACACAAGGGUGAGUUUCAAGUAGAAGUUGAAGAAAAUGAUACUGUUCCAACGGAGGUUUCUGUUGAGCCUAGUUCACCCUCUCUAACGGAAUCAAAAACCAAGGAGAUGGAAGCCCCUAACCUUUCUAAACCUGAUGGAGCCAAUGAUGAAGUGGAUAGUUCUGAGGGAAAGAGUAAUAUAGAAGACCAGGAUACUGCAUGUACACUUACUAUUUCUUCGAAUGAGGGUAAUGAUUUAAUGCAGGGGCUCAUGGUGGAUGACGUAUUGAAGGAUGCAGAUUUUCUUCCUCCUAUUGUGUCUCUUGAUGAGUUUAUGGAAUCUCUUGAUUCAGAGCCACCAUUUGAAAUUCUACCAGUCGAUGCUGGAAAAAUGUCCCCAAUUUCAGACAAGGAUGACCCCGAGAUUGGCUCUGAGUCGAAGUUGUCUGAGCUAACUUCAAAAGAUGUUGAUAUUACGAAAGCUGAACCCGAAAAAGGUGAUGAUGCUGUUGAGCAAUCCAAUGAAGAUGAUGCUGGUGUCAAAUACAGUGAUGGUCAUGCUGACAUGAAACCUAGUGGUGGUCAGACCAAUGGGAGACUUAAUGAUGGUCAGGCCGUAGUUAAACCCAGUGAUAGUCACAUUGAUGAGAGUUCCAAAGCUAGCCACACUGAAGCGAAAUCUAGUGAAAGCUAUUCUCAUUUGAAAUUGAGUGACAGCCAUGCAAAAUCAGAAAUUGUACCUUCUGCUGUCAUAUCCAAGCCUGACCAUGUAUGGGAAGGUGUACUUCAGCUGAACACAUCAGUCAUGCCCUCUGUAAUUGGCGUCUUCAAAAGUGGUGAAAAAACAUCUGCAAAUGAGUGGCUCAGUUCACUUGAGAUCAAGGGGAGAGUUAGACUUGAUGCAUUUGAGAAGUUUCUUCAAGAGCUUCCAUUGUCCCGAAGUCGUGCUGUCAUGGUUAUGCAUUUUUCUGUGAAGGAGGGGUCCCUAGAGAGCGAGCAUGCAAGUAUUCAGGAGGUGGCAGAUUCUUAUGUUGUGGAUGAGAGAGUGGGUUUUGCUGAGCCUGCUAAUGGAGUGGAACUUUAUUUUUGUCCACCACAUAAAAGAACACGUGAAAUGCUCAGCAAGAUCCUCUCGUCUGAACACUUUGAGGCACUUAAUAAUAUUGAUAAUGGCCUAAUUGGUGUUAUUGUAUGGAGAAAGGCUCAGUUAACUUCCAAGAUAUCAUCCAACUCAUCAUUACACCAGAAACAUAAAAAGCAAAAUAUCACUUCUAGGAGACAGCAAGAAACAAAUAUGAAUGUGAAUUUCGCACCUAAACCAACUCAACCUACUAGUAGCUUAACCCCCACCAAUUUUAAACCUCAAGAUGAUGAUGAUGAUGGUGAUAUUCCUCCUGGGUUUGGCCCUGGUGCUGCCCGGGAUGAAGAUGAUCUUCCAGAGUUUAAUUUUUCGGGUGGUGGCUCUGUUCCAUCAUCGCAACAGAAUUUUGCCCAAAAUCCCUCUAGGGGAUCAUCAGGAACGGUCCCAUUUCAAUCACUUUCUCAGACCCCAUCUAGACCUGUGGACCAAAUGAGGGAACUUAUACACAAAUAUGGACAACCUAAAACUGGUGUGCCUUCAGGAAAUUGGCAGGACAACAACAAUAGAGGGUUCGGGGUUGCGAUACAACCUUGGAACGAUGAUGAUGAUGACAUACCAGAGUGGCAGCCACAAGCCCCUCAGCACCAACAACAACAACAAUCAGCUCAAGGCUUUCAUCAGCCAACACUGCGACCACACUUUGUAAACCAACAACAACAGCAACAGGCUUUGCCGUUGGGAUCAAAUCCUCAACAGUCAAUGGUGUCAUUGCAAUCUUUACAACCUCAAAUGAAUGCGACACAAGGGACUUGGUGGGUUCCUCCAGUCCAAGGGAAUGGUCAGCAACCGAAUAAUAUAGGUUGUCAACAGAAUGUAGUAGGGCAGUUCUAUGGGGCACAUGGACGAGGUGUAGGCCAACAAGGCCUGUCCUGGCGACAAAAUGCACCCAAAAGUAGAGGCUUUUAGCAUCUUUUCUUUUCUUUUUUUUUAAUGUAAAGUUAAAUGUUCUUUUCUUUUUUCUCUUUCCCCUAAUUUUCAACAUAUGUGCAAAUUCUGUAACUAUAAAGGUUUUACAUGGUUGUUAUAGCUUCUUUU